UGCGCCCAGGUGUGCUCAUGGAGCCCGGGGAGGACGGGGCGGGCCCAGGCCCGAGCCUGGAGCUCGCGGAGCUCGAGCCCGAGCCUGAACUCGAUCCCAAACUCCAUCCCAAGCCGGGUCCCGGUCCCGAUCCCGGUGCUGGUCCCGGUCCCGAUGCCGUUCCCGGUCCCGAUCUCGAUUCCGGUCCCGAUGCCGAUGCCGUUGCCGAUGCCGGUGCCGUUGCCGAUGUCGGUGCCGAUGCCGGCGCGGACUGGGAGCGGCAGCAGCGAAUCGCCGCCCGCCGGAGCCGCAUCGAUGUCCGGCGCCGGGAAGCGCUUGGAGAGAAGGUGGAGCAGGAAGAGGAGGAGGAGGAGGAGGAAGAGAAGAGGAAGAGCCUGAAGCUGAUCGAGGAGACCGAGAGGCAGGCCCUGGCCAAGCUGCUUUUCCACGGGACGCAGCUGCUGACCAACGUCCAGGUGGAAUCCGACCUCCGGGAAUCGCGGCGGCGGGAAAAGGAGAGGCAGGAAAAGCGGAGGAGGUUGGAGAAGCUGGAGGCAGACGCCAGGCACGGCACGGAGAAGUUGGAGGAGAUCAACUCCAAGUGGGCCCUGGUGGGGGACGUGAAGAUCCCGCAGGAGCUGUGGGAGGUGCUGGAGCAGCAGCGGGAGGAGUGCGAGCAGCUCCUGGCGGGGAAGAACCGGCUCAUCCGGGAGCUCCAGGAGGAGCUGAAGGCCAGGGACGCGCAGUACGAGCAGACCCUGAGGGAGCAGGGGGCCACCCAGGUGCUCCUGGAGAGGAUGGAAGAGCAAACCAGGAACAUGCUCAGAUCCUACCGGCACCACCUCCGGCGCAUCGAGAAAACCUUCGAGGAGGAGCGGCGGGAGAUGCUGGCGAGCAACCGGGAGAGGUGGAACGAGGCCAUGCGGGCCCACAACGAGCAGGAGCUGGAAUUCCUGCGGAAGCAGAUGGACAAGGCGCUGGAUUUUGAGCAGCAGCUGAACGAGCUGCAGGAUGAGAGCGUGGAGAUCCACGACAGCCUGAAAUCCCAGCUGGAGCAGGACGUGGAGCACCUGGAGAGGAAACUCCGUCAGAUGAAGGGCAUUUACCACCUGAACCAGGUGAAGCUGGAAUACAACCUGGACGUGCUCCGGCAGCUGGACGUGGAAAAUUCCACGCUCCGAUCCCUGCAGAAAAGGAAAAUCAACCGAUUCCGGACCACCCUGGAACUGCUGAAGGACAAAAUGGCCAAGCAGGAGGCGAAAUUCCAAGAGGAAAAGCAGAGCCUGGAAUCGGAGCUGGAGCGGGUGGUGGGGCAGUUCCAGGAGACGCGGGACCGGAUGAGGCAUCUGAUGCGCAGCAGUGCCGAGAGGUUCCGGCAGGUUUGGAUCGUGAACGAGGAAGAGGCCAAAGCGCUGAUCCGGGAGGUGCUGGACGCCGAUCGGAUCAUCCACGUGCAGCAGCUGGGAAUGCCGUGGGAAGAGCCUCCGCUGUGGUUCAUGGACAACGUGGGGCCCCUGGGACGCAGCCAGGAGAAGAGGGACGCCAUAGAGCUGGCCACCAAGCUCCUGGAAGGGAUCAAGCCUGGAAAACCGGAGCAGGAAGGGAGGAGGAGUCGGAAGAAAGGAGCGCGGAGCGCAGAGGGAGGGAAGGAAAACCAGGAAAGGAUGGAGGACAGCAUCACAUCCCGGCCGGCAUUCCCGAAAACCCUCCGGAGAGUCCUGGAGGUCAUGAGCGAGGAGACGGCGUUCCUGCUGGAAAACAAACUCCUGAAGCCGCUGCGGGAGGUGGUGGGACACAGGAACGACGUCCAGCAGCUCCGAACCAUCUUCGAGGUGGGCUGGGAUGGGAUCUCCCGGGAUUGGGCUUGGAAUGCUGAGCGCCAGGAGGAGGUGGAGCUGGGAAUGCUCACCUGGAUCAGGGAAGGAUCCGGGGAAUCCCUCAAGGGGCCUUCCGGAUCGAGGACGAGGACGAGCUGCGUCGCCCUCGUGGAUUUUUUCCUGGACUACGAAUCCCACCACGCGCCCAAGAUCCCGGUCAGCCAGGUAGAAGAUCCCACGGAUCCAGAUGAGAAGAGCGGAUCACAUUCCCAGCGCGGACCCCCCGGGAGCGCCCCUCGCGUCCCGUCCAUCCAAGUGGAUCACGUCCUGACGAUCCUGAGGGAAUUCCUGCAGGAAUUUGCCAAGCUGAGGGACGAAGGACCCCCCAAGGAAAUCCAGGACGUCCGGGACAAUUCCAAGGACGGGGAAUACUGGGAAGCCAUGACCCGCAUCAUUCCCCAGCGCAAACUCAAACUCUGGGACGCGCUUGGAGCCGCGCUCUCGGAAUACCACAAAGUUCUGACCAGGAGAUCCGAGCUGCUUUCCGAGGCCACGGCCCUGCAGCGGCAGAACUCGGAGCUGGGAAUGCUGCUGGAGGAAUAUUUGGGAUCCACGCGAGGCCGCUGAGCUCAGCCUUGGAUUCCCGGCGAUAUUCUGGACACGGAUCCCACCGGGGUGGAGGGAAACCUGGGAAUCGCCGGUGCCGGGUGUGGGUUUCCAUGGAUCUGA